AUGUCAAUUUUCAGUGGUCUCGGAGGUGCGCAGCCUGCCUCAAGUGGCACCUCGGGCGGAGGACUGUUUUCAACGACAACAGGCACAUCCGGCGGUACUACACCGAGCCUAUUUAGCAAUCUCGGCGGAGGUAGUUCGAACGCGCAAUCUGGCACGACACAAGCGACAAGCAGUGGGGGACUCUUCAGUGGGCUGGGCGGAGCGGCAACAGGCACAUCCAGCGGUACUACACCGGGCCUCUUUAGCAAUACCAGUGGAGGUAGUUCGAAUGCGCAAUCUGGCACGACACAGGCGACAGGCGGUGGAGGCAUCUUCGGUGGACUGGGCGGAGCGAAAUCGACUGCGACAACUACACCUUCGCUCUUCGCUGGCGCUGGCACAGCUACCGGUACGCAACCGCAAACGCAACCGCAAACGAACAGCUUCUCGCUGUUCAACACCAACAACAACGCGACGUCGCAAGCCACGACCAACAAUGCGCAGCAAACGAGCGGCCUUGGCCAAUCCUCCUUCUUUACCUCAACACAGCAACAGCCUCAGCAACAGCAGCAACCGGGCGCGUCGCUAUCUCAGGCGAACGCAGGUACCGGCCGCUCAGCGCACUUUGAUCACCUACUCGAGCGCGGGCGAAAGCGGAAUGCUGGCGAAAAUGGCACCAGCAACUUUGAUGAGCUGCCGUCGCUGCAGUUGGGACUUGGAGACAUUGCCCGCAAAGUGCGUAAUCUGGGCUCGGGUGGUCCCUCUGCGGACCAGGUCCAGGAUCGCGGACAAGAUCGCGCUGCGCACUACCUGCUCUCUGCUUCUGGUGUGAAGAUGGGUAGCACCCUCCGCGACCUAAACCAAUUCUCGUCCCAGGGCGGUCUGGCUGCAACUACCCAGGCACAAAAUCUCUUCGACAACGACAACGACGUGGACAGCUACAUCACCAAUUUGCACUCUCAAUCCACCCUGGCACUCAUCCAGGAAGGACUGGAGCAGUCAAAACGCGACUUCGACACCUUCCUGGAGGAUAAUGUCCAGAUCGAAUGGGACAAGCAGCGCCAGAAGAUUUACGAGCACUUUGGCCUGGGCAGACAGAGUGAGGACUUGACCGCAUCACAAAGCGCAUUCGGCAGCACAGCUCGCGGUGCGUUUGGACGCACUACAAACCGAAAGGGCCGCUCUAUGGGCCCGAACAAUGCCUCUGUGAAUGGCAGAUCGACUUUUGGAGCGUCUGCUGCCGGACCGCCCGUUCUCGGCCUCUCUCAAAGCGUGUUGGGUGGACGAGAGUCGUCGGACAAAUCUGUCAUGGGCGGUCAAGCUGGCCUUCAAGACCGCUACGCCCGCGACAAGCAAGAGAAGUUUAUGAACGAGGUCAAGAGGCUCAACGAGGCAAGACUGCGCGAGGAUCCCUUCCUGGUGCUCCAUGCCUUCUCCGAAGUGGAGAAGGUGUCUGGUACCGAAUACUCAGACCACUUCAUCAACGCUUACGGAGCACUGAUUUCCAUCACUGGCGAGAAGAACGAUGUGGAAGCCUUGAACCCAAGCUCAAACCAGCCGAAAGAGCGAAGCUUCACCAAGGAUUAUUUGGACGAUCAACCAAACUCCGUUGCCAGCGUACGAAUGCGCAAGCGUAUACUAGACGGUUCUCGCAAGUAUCUCGAAAGCAAGUUUCUGGAACAGGUAGAAGAUGUCUUGCGAAGGAAUCCUGCAGAGGCGCUCGUAGGCGGUGUACCUUCCAUGGUGAACAAGAUUCGAGGCUUCGUACGAGCCAAGGCCGCUUUCAAGGAGCUGGGUGCAGAGCCUGAGCUUUUCCAGAGAAUAGGCGAUAACGGUGAAGAGUUCCCGUGGAUCAUCAUCUUCUACUUGCUAAGAGGAGGUCUACUUGCCGAGGCUGCUGAGUAUGUUCGAGAAAAGAGGAACUUCUUCCAGAACACCGACAGAAACUUCGCAUCGGCAAUUACACAGUACGCCACUGAUCCGGAUCGAAGGCUCACCCCAGAUACGCAGCAAAAAGUUGGCCACACACACGCCCAGAGGACUCGCUUGAAGACCCCAGAAGACCCCUAUCGAAUGGCCUGCUACAAGAUUGUCGGUCGAUGUGAUAUGAGCAAGCGUAACCUGGACCCUAUCAAGGAGACUAUGGAUGACUGGGUUUGGCUGCAAUUCAACUUGGCCCGUGAGGGCAACAGAGCCGAAGAGAACGCUGGUGAGGUCUUCGGCUUGGAAGAGAUUCGAACGACCAUUGCAGAAAUUGGCCAGAAACAUUUCACGAACGACGUACAGGACUCUGGCGGUUACGGAGUUUACUUCUAUCUUGCUACGCUUGCAGGCUUGUUUGAGCCGGCCAUCAACUACCUGUAUACCCACAACUACGUCUCUGCGGUACACUUUGCCGUUGCGCUCGACUACUACGGCCUCCUACGGGUAUCAGACUGGACUACCGCGGGCAGCGAAAUCUUGACAUAUACUACUAGGCAACAACCGCAGCUAAACUUUGGACGGGUGGUUGGCUACUACACAAGCGACUUCCGUGCUGCUCGGGCUGAUGCUGCGGCUGAGUACCUGGUGUUGAUCUGCAUGAAUGCGGACUUGCCGGGCGAAGCGGGUAAACAACAAGCUGGGCUCUGCCAUGAAGCCCUUCGUGAGCUUGUCCUCGAGACACGCGAAUUCGCCACACUUCUGGGCGACGUCAAGUCGAAUGGCCAGACCACCUUGGGUCUCAUCCAGGAGCGUGUACCGUUGCUCAAACUUGACGGCGAAACGGGCUUGCUCAACACUAUUACUAGUGAAGCCGCAAGAAUGGCCGACGACAACGGCCGCAUCAAUGAUGCUAUCCUGCUCUGUCACUUGGCGGGCGAAUAUGACAGCGUUGUUACAAUUCUGAACCGCGCACUUGCUGAGGCUCUUUCGGUAGAACUGGGCCAGGAGCCGCUGCGUUUGGAACCAUUGAAGCCACGCCUAACACCCGCCGAGUCGCAGCAGUUGCAACAACAGCGCUCUGAUUUGACUUCGUCAAGCCUGAGCAUGCUAGGAACAGAUGAUCCAGUCGAGCUCGCACAGAAGGUCCUUGCCCUCUACGACGCAAACAGUCUGUGGUGGAGGAAGGUUAACCAGAUGAACCGCGAUACAGUCGGUAUAUUGUACAACCUCAACAACGCAAAGAAGAUCAUUGAGGCCGGUGACUACAUGACAGCACUAGGCCAAAUCGAGAACCUUCGUAUUCUUCCCCUGUCGGCCGGAGGCAAUGUCAGCGACAUUCGCGCCACUGCCAAUAGCUUCAACCAGUAUCCCGCGGAGAUUUCUCGCAACAUCGGCAAUGUGCUUCUCUGGUGCAUUGGCUGCUGCUCACGGCACCGUGAGCAUCUGUUGUCUGGGCAAUUCGAUGAUCCUAUGCGCAAGGUGCUAGCGGACCAGUUGUUGCAAAAGGCCAAGGAUUUGAUGGUCUUUGCUGGGCUGAUCAAGUACAAGUUGCCACCGAGAGUGUUCGAGACGCUGGCGAGAGAAGGUCAGGAUGUUGGUGCUUUGUAA